GUGCAAUAGGGCAAAAGGUCACGUGAUACUCACAUGAUUUUUAGUUGUUGACAAAAAUCACGGAAGAUAUUUUCUUUCUAACACGAAAAUAACAACAACAAUGAACGUUGUUGUCUUGCUUGCUUUCAUUGGAUACGUUGCUGGGGAUGCCCUGCUAGGCCAGGAAGAAUGUGUGUGGGGUCCAACAUAUUGGUGCAGUCACGUCAGCCAUGCCCGACAAUGCGGGGCUGUCCAACACUGUAUGGGCACUGUAUGGAAGUACCAGAUCCUGCCCAAACCUGCAGAUGCAGACAAGGAAAAGACCUCAGUGAAAGCCUGCACCUACUGUGAAUUGCUGGUCAAUGAAGUGAAGGAUGUCCUCCAUGAAAAGAUGACAGAGGCUAAGAUCGCAUCCCUGUUAUCAAACGUGUGCACCUACCUGCCUAACUCUGAUCUCAUAGAUCUAUGCAAGGGCAUUGUUACAGAGUAUGCGCCGGAAAUUAUCGAAAUGAUCAACAAUGAUAUAAGCACAGACAUGAUCUGCACAGCAGUCGGCUUCUGCCCGGGCUUGGAGGAUGCCAGGACGCCAAAUCCUGAGCCCACGAAGCUGUACACACCUGAAGGAACGCAGGCGGUCGGGUCACGUGUCGCCAAGAACACAACAUACUGCCAGGAUUGUAUGAGAUUCUUCCAUGACGUACAGGAGAGCAUUACAUCAAAGGAGACUGAGACACAGCUAGAGCAACUGUUAAACCAGACAAUUUGUAGCCAUCUUGGUCCGGUGGCAUCAGUGUGCAUGGACCUGUUACAUCAGUACCUCCCCAUGGGUCUACAGAUUCUCGCUAGCCAGAUCGAUCCAGACAUUACCUGUCGAGUCUUCGGAUUCUGUUUUUCAAGUGGCCAACACGUGCCCGUCAUUUACAUCAAGAACGUUUUCAUGGGCAGGGGCCCCAUGAAGAGUGAGGAGUGUGAUAUUUGCAAAGAUCUUGUCACAGAGAUUGACAAUGCCAUUAAGGAUUCAACAACUCAGGCCAAGGUGAAGGAGAUUUUGGAGAAUCAGGUGUGCCCAGAAUUGGGUUCAUUGCAGGAUUCUUGCAAACAGUUGGUCGAAGAAUACCUUCCCAUGGUGUUUGAGCUCUUAGCUAAUGAACUUGACCCCAAGACCAUUUGUGAAGCAAUCAGCUUCUGCACCACACCGCAGCUGGCCCCAGUAGUAGAAGCCGCCCUUGUGGAACCAGCCAAGAUGGUGGGGCCAGGAAUGGUGAAGGAUGAUUUGCCAUGUACUGUGUGUAAAUUGGUGGUCCAGGAAAUUGACACCUUUCUGAAGCAAAACAAGACUGAGGAAGAGAUUAAGUCUCUUAUAGAUGACGUAUGUAAAAAGCUGAUGACAAAAGAUCUUCAGGACCAGUGCAGUUCUUUUGUGGAUGAGUAUCUAGAACUGGUUCUAAGCCUUCUCGCCAAGGAGCUCGAUCCUGUUGCUGUCUGCCAGGAAAUAAAGCUGUGUUCUAAAACACUUCUUGAUGUCGAUAUUCAAGCAAAACCACUGAAGGCAGGAGAUGGAUGUGACAUCUGCAUCAUUGUAGUGCAACGGCUGGAACAACUUCUGGCCAAUGCUUCUCAGGAGGAGAUAUUGGCCGAGCUCGAGAAAAUUUGUGCUUAUGUCCCUGCCGAGUACACGACCCAAUGUGAGAAGUACAUGAAAGAGUACGCUCCCCUGAUUAUCAGCGCAUUGAAAAGUAAAAUGGAUCCUCGUGCUGCGUGUGCACUCGCCCAGAUGUGCAAGAGUGGAGCUCCGAUGAUGACCAUUCCUAUUCCGGAGGAUUCUGUGAAGGAAAAGGCCGGACCAUCGAUGGAGUGUGAGUUGUGUGGCACUGUCCUGUAUUACAUCAAAAUUCUUCUUGGGAACAAUGCUUCAAAGGAAGAGAUUAAGACUGAAAUAGAGAAGCUGUGUGAUCAGUUGCCGACAGAGUUGACCUCCACAUGCAAGAGUUUGGUUGAAAAUUAUCUCGACAAGGUUAUUGAUAUGCUGGUCAAGGACAUCGACAUCAACACAAUUUGUCAGGAAAUUGGCCUUUGUCCUGCCCUUACAUCGUCAAGCCUUGGGACCGAUGUAGUUAUCUCCCCCUUGAUGAAACCCAUAGACACUCUGCCUCUCAUGUUGCCAUCAGUUGGGAAAGAAACUGAGAAUAACGUACAAGUGAAGGAAAAGGCUGGACCAUCGAUGGAGUGUGAGUUGUGUGGCACUGUCCUGUAUUACAUCAAAGUUCUUCUGGGGAACAAUGCUUCAAAGGAAGAGAUUAAGACUGAAAUAGAGAAGCUGUGUACACAGUUGCCGACAGAGUUAACCUCCGAGUGCAAGAGUUUGGUUGAAAAUUAUCUUGACAAGGUUAUUGAUAUGCUGGUUAAGGACAUCGACAUCAACACGAUUUGUCAGGAAAUUGGCCUUUGUCCUGCCCUUACAUCGUCAAGCCUUGGGACCGAUGUAGUUAUCUCCCCCUUGAUGAAACCUAUGGACACUCUACCUCUCAUGUUGCCAUCAGUUGGAAAAGAAACUGAGAAUAAUGUACAAGCCAAUGCUAUUGAGUGCGAGGCAUGCCAGGAAGUGAUGAAAUACUUGAAUAGUCAGCUCCAAGAAAACAAGACUGAGGAGCACAUCAAAGAAGUGCUGAAGGAAGUCUGUUCCCGAAUGCCGUCUGCCAUCAGUGGGGAGUGCUCCAAGCUUGUAGAUCAGUACACCCAGCUUAUCAUUGACUACAUCCUGCUCAGUGAGAGCCCAGACGCCAUCUGUAAAAGUCUCCGGCUCUGCGCCCAAGCUAGUGUGGCAAGCAUGAAACAGCUGCCCAAACCUGUUCAUGUGAAACUGGUGAAGGAUCCACAGGAACGUCCUUUGAAGGCGGGGCCAGAGUGUAUGCUGUGUGAGUUUGUCCUCAAAGAAAUUGACAACCUCCUCAAGGGAAAUAUGUCCGAGGCUGCCAUAAAAUCUGCUCUGGCUAAAGUCUGUUCGCUGCUGCCGGAAACAAUUGCUGAGGAAUGUGACACCUUUGUUAACCAAUAUGCUGCACAGAUCAUUGAUCUCCUGAUCCACGAGAUUGACCCGAAAACAAUCUGUACCAGUAUCGGACUGUGUGCGACCAAGGAGGUAGUUUUAAAAGAGCGUCCUGUGAAGGGAGGGCCAGAGUGUGUGCUGUGCGAGUUUGUCCUCAAAGAAAUUGACAACCUCCUCAAGGGAAAUAAGUCUGAGGCUGCCAUAAAAUCUGCUCUGGCUAAAGUCUGUUCGCUGCUGCCGGACACAAUUGCUCAGGAAUGCAACAACUUUGUGAACCAGUAUGCUGCACAGAUCAUUCAGCUUCUUAUCCAAGAGAUUGAUCCUAAACAAAUCUGUGCCAGUAUCGGACUGUGUGCGACCAAAGAGGUAGUUGUAAAAGAUGUCGUGGCUGCAGGGCCGAUCUGUGUGCUGUGUGAAUUUGUCAUGAGGGAGUUAGAUGGUAUGCUGAAAGGGAACAGAAGUGUGGUUGCCAUUGAAGAGGCCCUGGACAAGGUUUGUAGCCUUAUGCCAGACACCCUGUCCGCUGAAUGCACAGACUUUGUGAAACAGUACGGCAAGCUGGUCAUACAGUUCCUAGUGCAAGAACUGGAUCCGAAAGAAAUUUGCACGAAACUUACUCUAUGUUCUGGGGAUCUGAUUGGAAAUUUCGCUGCUAAAGUGCAGAUUAUCAAAGACACACCAAAAGUAAAAAACGAAGACCUGUGUGAAGUAUGCAAACUUGUGGUUGGGGAAAUAAAGCAGUAUAUUAAGGAAAACCACACAGACGCCGAGGUUGAGAAAUACCUAAAACAAUUGUGCAAUAUCCUGCCUGACACCGUCACAGCUCAGUGUCAUGAUAUCGUGAGCCAGUAUGUGCCAGCCAUUCUGCGAUUGUUGGAAGAAAACUUGAACGAAACUCAGGUCUGCCAGGGAAUAACUCUGUGCCCGAAGGUCCAGACCGAGACUUUAUCCAAGGCCUCUCACACCCUGUUCUUCCACCCCAGCAAGCCCCUUUUAGGGGCGAAGAAUUGCACUUGGGGCCCAUCCUACUGGUGUGCAUCAAAGGAGAAUGCUCAUAAGUGUGGGGCGGUUGAACACUGUAUGAAGCAUGUUUGGAACUGAGGAGUUAGUUACUACGGCAACAGAUGGAAGAAAUUUUGAUUAUUUUUUGCAAUUCCAAUAUGCAACUUGAUGUACUUCAAAGAAGAUGCUCAUGAACAAUUUUUUUGUGUAUUGGAAAGUUUCAUUUGUAUUUUGAUUUUUAAACCAUUUUGAAAAUACUUUAUAAAAUGUCAAAACUGUGAAGGUGUUUCAAAUAAUUUAAACAUUUGUUUUUUUAUAUAUUAAGUCAAUUUUUGUACUUCAUGUAUUGUUUCUUUGCAAAUUGUAUAUAAAAGCGAACUAGUAAGGAAAAAUGUCCAAACCCAUAUGAAAAUAAUAAUUCCACAGAUUUUGGUAAAUGAAGAAAAUACAACUUGUGAGCCAAAUGUUAUUACCCAGGACGUUUACAGUCCAUUUUGUGCGUCAAUUUUUCUAGAUCAAUAUUGUUAUCAUAAAGUUUUAAGGAACGUGUUUUUUUAUAUUGGAUAAACAGAAAGCAAAGACAAACAUCACCACAAAAUAUUGCUACCCGGCUACCAAAUUCAGGCUGAGCUUGUGUAAUCGUCCCAAUGUGAAUUAUUAUGCCUGUGCUGUUUGACAGAGUUAUAUGCCCUUGAUGUUACUUGCUAACUAGACUUUGCUGUCAAACCAUUCCACUUGAAUUGUAUGUUUCAUUUCCUUGCUGUGGUAUAUCAAUCUCUCUCCUAAGUUGAUUUUGUUGUAACCUAGGGCCUGUAUUCAGUUUUAAUCUUAGUGGGUAUUUUCACUUAAAGCGAUUUUAUGAACAAUUUAUUUUCAAUUUUUUCAUGUCAGUUUAAUAAGAUUUUUUUUAAUUUCUAACUAGAACGAUCCGGGUUCCCGCUGGCGAUCACCAUUUGCGACAAAAAUGCAUAAGUGACCACAGGUUUUAAAAUUUUAUGCCAACAAUUUUUCAUAAUAUUUUCUUAAAAUUACGUAAACACCACCCUAAGUGGACAAUAUGAUCAUCUAUGAAAUAUUGAUUAUGAAGGAAAGUUGGGGCUAAGUAUUGAAUAAACUGAAUUUUGAGGCCUUGAAAAAGAUAAUCUUGAAUUAUAUUGUAUAUGGGCCCUAUUCUUGUGUGUAUAUGGAAGAGAUGUUUAAAAUCUGAAAAACCAUUAGAGAUUUGUAUUUGUUCAGCUGUAUUGCAUUUCUUUCUUUUUGUGUGGAUGCAUGAAUUGUCCUGUUCGAUAAUUUAUCUGAUUAAAGUAUGGUAAUUUAUUUAAAGGUUGUUUCAAGUUGAAAAAUAAGUUGUUUAUUUGUAACAUACACAUGUUUAAUAAUUUUAUUUGAAAUAUAAGACAAAAAAAAUGUACAUGAAUAUUUUUAAAGUGUAAGGGGAACAAUCGUGAAUAACUAAGUUGUGUUACUAGCAGACUUAUUUCCCUUCGUUGUUGUUUUCUAGCCUAUGUAUCACAUUUAUUUCUCCACAUUUUGUACAAAUUUAAUCAAUGGUUGAAGUUUUGGUUGUAUUGACCCAUUUAGCGAAAUUUACACUAAGCUGGCUGUUAAUUUAGGUAGUAACUGUUUAUUGUGUGAAUGCAGAACGAUUCUCUUUUUUCAGUUCACUUUGUAACCAUGUGAUAAUGUUUCAUUAAAAAAAAAAACGAU